AUGUGCGUCUUUGUCGUCUGCUCACGCUGCUGGGUUCCAGUUUUAAACCUAGGCCUGUGUAUGGCUUCCGAAUACUGCUGCCUCCACCGCCACCCUGCGCCAUGUGCCUCUGUCGUCUGCUCACGCUGCUGACGGCUUCCGCUUUUUAAACUAGUCCUGUGUAUGUCUUCCGAAUACUGCUGCCUCCACCGCCACCCUGCGCCAUGUGCCACUUUCGGGUCUCCUCACACUGCUGCCAGGUCCAGAGUGUGUCAUGGGUCCCUGUACGGCCUCCCAUUGCUGCUGACUUCAUCGCCAGACUCUGCCAUGUGCCACUUUCAGGUCUCCUUACACUGUUGGUGGGUUCCAUUUUGUGAUAGGGUGCUG